AUGGCAGGCGAUGGUGAUGCCGACGACAACGGGGCCCUCGACGGCAUCUCCGGUUUCUUCAAUACCAAAAACACCUGGCUCGCCAUAUUUCUCAUGUUCUUCCUCCUCGUCUCCAUCUACAACGCACUUGAACUCGUGGUUAUGAUCUUGGUGUCAUUCCGACGAUUCCGAGGGUUGUAUUUCUGGUCUUUGCUAUUAUCCGCUUUACUCGGGUUGAUACCAUACUCGGUCGGCUUCUUUAUCAAAUUCUUUACACAUGUCAGUCCGUGGAUAACCUGUACUGUCUUGACGAUUGGAUGGUGGAUGAUGGUGACGGGCCAGGCGAUGGUUCUCUAUUCUCGCUUACAUCUCGUCCUCCGAGACCCGAAACGACUCAAACAAGUGCUAUACAUGAUUUGCUUCAAUGCGCUCGUCUUACACCUCCCCACCACCGUCUUGACCUACGGUUCCAACGACCCGGACGCCUCUCCAAAGUUCAUUACAGCAUACAAUAUCAUGGAAAAGAUUCAAUUAACCGGUUUCAGCAUCCAAGAAGCCAUCAUCUCCGGUCUAUAUCUGUACGAAACCUACAAACUGCUCCACACCACACACCGAAAUCAGGCACAGCGAUGGAUUCAGUACCAACUCAUUGCCGUCAAUGUUCUCAUCAUAUUGAUGGAUUUGACUUUACUGGUUCUCGAAUAUGCCAACGAAUACGCAAUCCAGAUCUGUCUCAAGGGUGCCGUAUAUAGCGUAAAACUCAAACUUGAGUUCGCAGUCUUGGGCCAGCUCGUGGAUUUCAUUCGCAAUAAAAACGGCAAUUAUCACCACCAUGAUGACAACCCAACAAAUGGCACUGGAAUCGACAUGGGCGAUGGAAAUAUGUUGUCUAGUGCAAAAAGGAGGUACGCAGGACAAGACGCGGGUUUGCCCUCUACGCGUGCAGAUGAUCCUCACUUUUAUGGCAAGACGACGACAAUGAUCCAUCCGAAUGAGCCGACGAAUUCGAGUGAGGAGAGGCUAAAUUUGCCGUCGGGGAUUAUCAUGACGAAGACGGAGUUUGUGCAGAGGAUUGAUCAUAAGAGAGACAAUUCGGAUGAAUUGGAAUGA